UCUCCAUUGUUUUGAUCAUAUUCCUCUCUGUGAAAUCCUGAAGAAACAACUGAAACUGAAAACAAAACAGAAAACGAUAACAAUGUUCAAAUCACGCAAACACAAUUCAGAUAAAGUCGGAGAGAAAUGUUAUUUCAAGUUCUCCAACUUUCAGGCUGUUCAGGUUCCUGAAGGAUGGGACAAGCUUGUUGUAUCUAUUAUCUCCGUAGAGACAGGCAAAACCAUCGCUAAGUCAGGAAAAGCAAUAGCACGAAAUGGAAAUUGCCAAUGGAUUGAGGCUUUUUCAGAGUCUAUUUGGAUUCAACCAGAUGAUGCAUCUAAAGAUGCUGAAGAAUAUGCCAUUAAGCUCGUUGUUUCCCUGGGGUCAACUAGAUCCAGCAUCCUUGGCGAGGCUUCUGUCAAUUUAGCAAGAUACCUGAGUUCAAAAAGUCUUAUUCCUAUUUCGUUACCAUUGAAAAAAUGUAAUAGUGGGACGAUCUUACAACUUAGAGUUCAGUGCCUAACACCCAGAGCAAAACUCAGGGAUGGUCGGUGGAAAGACACAAAUUCAAAAUUGGAGGACAUGAAUGUUGACUAUGACAAGUUGGAAAACAAAUCAAAUGUUUCUGAUGGUUUCACCAGGAGCAUUGGAUCUUCAUCUAGACACCAUUUGGAUGGUACAUCUCAACCAGGAGAACCAUGUAGUCAGAACAUGAGCUUCUCAACUUCAGCUUCUUGUAAUAGCUUUGACUCUGUAGAGGGCUCCUCUGGCAGGGAAAAAUUUUCCCCUCGAAGUUACUCAAGUGGAGUAGUGAAAACUCUGGUUGUAAGGCGAGAUUUAGUUGGAUCUCAAAGUAGUUCUCCUUAUAGCUCUCAUUCUUUUCAUGAUCUGUUUUGGUCAGGUCAAUCAUCCUUAAACUCAAAAUCCUUAAAUUCCAGAAGCCAUCUUAAAACUCAAAGAGAAGAAUUCAAUCGAGUUCCACAUACUGUUGCCUCAUCACCUUUACGGAGUGCUUGUUCAUCUAAAGAUCUUCUGGAAGCUGCAAAAGUUACAAUUGAGGAUCUCCGUGCUGAAGCUAGUAUGUGGGAAAAAAAUGCUCGAAAGCUAAUGAUUGAUUUGGAGCAACUACAGAAGGAAUCAUUGGAGCAAUCAGCAUUUCAAGCAAGCCUUGAAACGGAGCUCUCAGAAUCACAUGCUAAAUGUGAUAGCUUGAAUAAGGAAAUUGAGCGGCUGAAGAUCUUGGUUGAACAAUCACAGAUGCAAGCAACUGCUACUGAGAAUUUGAGGUUUCAUGCUGAAGACAUGGAAAAAAUUCUGAAGGAACUGGAAGAUGAGAUAAAGUUUCAAAAAGAAUCAAAUUCAAUUUUGACACUGCAGCUAAAAAAGACGCAAGAAUCAAACAUUGAAUUUUUUUCCAUUCUUCAGGAACUUGAAGAGACUGUAGAGAAACAGAAAAUGGAAAUUGACAGUCUCUCUAAAACAAAACCAGAAGUGGAUGUAGGAAUGAAUGGCCAAGGUUUUGAAGACAAUAAGCAAAUAAAUACAACGGAGCAGGGUUUAGUAAAGAAGAUGAGAGAAAUCUCCUAUGGUUCAAAUAUGGAAGGAAGUAUUGUUAAACACCUGCCAAGAGAUUUGAAUGCUGAGGUUGGACAAGAGGAUGAGAGGAAGCUAGAACUUGAGCUACAGCAGUUACAGGAUGUUAAAAAGAAUUUGGAGAGUACUAUUCAGUUUCUGGAAAGUUCUCCGGAGGAAAAAAACCAUGAGGUAGUGCUGAAACGAGGUUCAAAGACUCAAACCCAAAUGGACCGUGAGGCAAAGUGGAGGGCCAUAAUAACUGAAAAAGAGGGAAAAGUCAUCAAUUUGGAAGCCAAGUUAUCCGAGGCUGGAAGUGCUCAAGAGUUGGACAAAGAUAGUCACAGUCUAAUUGUAAAAGUUGAUGUCCUAGAAUGGAAGAUUGAGGAACCUGAGAGGGAUUGCGCUGAACUCACAGAGGAGAAGCUGGAACUUCUGUUCAAGCUCAAAGAAUCAAAAAAGGAUCUUGUAACAUCAGAUGCCUCUUCUACAUCUUUAGCAAAUGUGUGUGCAGGGAACAAUUUUGGCUUUACAUGUGAAUCUGAAGGAAGCAAACUGAAAUCUAAAAUAUGCAAUCAUGAAGAUGACCUUGAGCACCAGUUGCAAGCUCUCAAGGAAAAAGUUUGUUUUCUUGAUGGUGAACUCAAUAAUUGUCGCUCCAGAGCAGAAAAGCAAGAGUUUGAAAUUGCUGCUCUGCAACAACAGCUACAGCUUUACCAAAAAAAGGAAACUGAGAUUCAAGAUCAUCCAGCAGUUGUCUGUCUGAAGUGUAAGAUUUCUGAAUCAGAUGCUUCCAAUGAGAUUUCAAAAUUGCUCUGUGAGUUAUAUGAACAGGUUCAACUCUCUUUAGACCAGCUAAAGAAACAAAGAUCUAGUCUUAUUCCUCAUGCAAGUACUGGGUGUGGUUACGUCUCUGACAACUCAGAAAUUUCAACGAGUACAGAUUUACAUACUCAAAAAGAGCAAGUUGAGGCAAUCUUGAAUGAUUUUAUCCAGCUGAAAAUGUUUUUUGAAGCAAAAAUUACUGUUGAUGAGAAUGAACUUCAAUCUAACAAAGAAAAUAAUUUGCAGGGUCCUCAUACAUGUGAAAAUAUUCAAAGCACUUACACUUGGAAAGAAGAGAUUCAGGAUGUGGAAUAUAAAUCUGAAACUAUAGAUCCUGCUAUGGGACUGUUGUCUCAGAUAGAUGAGCUCAAAGCUGAGUAUUUGCUGAAAGAAGAAGAGAUCAAUUUUCUAAGACAUUACCUUAGAGAACUGGAACAAAAGGAAAAAGCCCAGUUGAAGGAAAGUAUGGAGAUAAUGCUUAGAGAAGGAACUACCACCUCAAAACAGUUGGAUGAUUUGUGUAAUGAAAUGAUGAUGCUGAAUAGCAACAUGGAUUGUCAGGUUUCAGCCAACAAGAUUCUUGAAAGCAAGUCUUCUGAGCUAGAGGGCAGCAAACAUGACCUGGAAGCUCACUUGCACGAAGUAGAAGAGGAGAAUAUACAGUUGUCUGAACGGCUAUGUGGCUUAGAAGGACAGCUAAGAGAUUUGACUAAUGAAAGAGAGUCAACUCGCUUGAUAUUAGAGAAUUCAAUCUCUCUCGCUCAGGAUCUUCGGGAUGAGGUAAGAACAUUGGAAGCCGAAAUGGAAGCUCAAAAAGUAGAAACGAAACAGAAGUUACAGGACUUGCAAAAAAGGUGGAUUGGAGUUCAAGAAGAGUGUGAAUAUCUGAAGGUAGCAAAUCUGAAGCUACAAGCUGCAGCUGAAAGUCUCGAUGAAGAAUGUAGUUUACUGCAGAAAUCAAAUGCAGAGCUAAGAAAGCAGAAAAUGAAAUUGCAUGAACACUGCGCAGUCUUGGAAGCUGAACUGGGAGAAUCAGAAAAAAAAUUUUCUGAUAUGUCCAAGAAACUUGAAGCACUUGAAGAAAAAUAUUCUUCAAUGCUGGAAGAAAUUGCUUCGAAGGAGAAAGCCAUCCAUCUAGAACUAGGUGCGCUGCUUUGUGAAAACAAAAAACACAAAGAUAAAGUUGUUACUGAAGAGAGUCUGUUGAAUCAGAUGUACUUAGAAAAGAUGGUUGAAGUUCAGAAUCUUCAAAGGGAGGUGGCACUCCUUUCCGAAUAGAUAUCCGCCACUCAAGAUGAGAAGGAUAGAGCAGCUUCUGAAGCUGUACUUGAAGCGUCCCAUCUACAAGCAGAUAAAGCUCUACUUGAAGCGGCUCUUCAAGAAGUCAAAGAGAAACUAAAAUUAUCAGAGAGCAACCUUGAUACCCUGCAGAUGGAAUAUCAGGCAAAGGUGCAGCAGCAUAUGGCUGAGUUUGCUGCUGCAAAGCAAAACCAGGAAGUUCUGACAGCUGACCAUGAAAAGCUAUUGGAUUUGUUGGGGGAUUUUAAAUCCAAGGAAGAGAAACACAGAAGCAUCAUUAGAGGGCUUGAGUUAAAACUCAAAGCUUCUAAAUAUGAGAGGUUACAGGAAGCAGAAGAAGUUUCAACCCUUAAGGUUCAAUUGGAGAAAUCUGCACAGCUGCAGGAUGAAGUUACGAGGCUUAAGAAAACACUCAAUGAGGCCAAAUUUGAAAAAGAAAGACUGGAAGCUUCUAUCCAGAUAUUGUCAGCAGAUUAUGAAGAACUUCAGGCUGAGAGAAGCCUAUGUAUGGAGAAAAUUUCUAGUAGUCAGAAGGCAAUUUCUGAGCUAGAAGACUACAAACGUAAAAAAGUUGCCCUCGAGGAAAAGGUUCUUCGGCUGGAGGGGGAUUUAACAGCAAGAGAAGCAGUAGGUUCCCAGGAAGCACUGCUCGAAAAUGAGCUUGCGCACAUAAGGAGAGAAAACAAACAAUUUCAGAGAAAGAUAAAAAAUCUUGAGAAGGAGAAGGAAGAAUGCAUGAAAAGGGCUCAAUCUCUUGCACAGGAGUUGAAGCAGACUAAAGAAAUAAAACGGGAUAAUCUUGAGUCUGUAGCAAAUCUUUCUCAUCUUGAUUCCACUGCAACCACUACUUCUAUGCAUGACAACUUGAAGGGUGAUAACCGCCAAAAUUUUGUCAAUGGAAGUUCCGAAAUUGCAGAGAUUGAUCCAUUGUCAAAGAUUCAAUAUCUUGAGAAUGAACUAGCUGAGGCUUUGGAGGCAAAUGAGAUGUAUAAACAACAGCUUAAAAGGUUGGUACAAAAGCAAUGCUAAAAGCUUGCGUCUAGAUUUCUAUCCAGUGAAGACGGAUACGAUCCAAAGGCAGCAUCACUGGAGGCAGAGCUGAAAGAUCUUCGCUAACGCCACUUUGAAAUGAGCGUUAAAUAUGCUCAAGUCGAAGCUGAACGAGAGCAGCUUGAGACGAAACUCAAAGCUGGCAAUGGUGGAAGAAAAUGGUUUCAUGAAUCAAAUAAAACUUCCAGGGCGAUUUUUUAUCCCCAAGCAAAUUGUCGAGCGGAGGCAUGUUACUCGGGGGACACUUACUACAAUAAAUCUGUGCCUCGGAAAUACUAAAAUUUAGAAUAAAAUAAUAUAUACA